UCUAGAAGCCCAAAGGAACUGAGUUUCUCAAUGGAGGCCAGUGCUGCACAGAGACAAUUGAUUGCCCAACUUGAAGCUAAAAAUAAAGAAAUUCUGCUGGAAAUUCAACGCUUACGCAAGGAGCAGGAAGCACAACGAAAAAUAAGCCCGAGCCUCUCGUUGACGGAGCAGAACCCGACUCUAUUGGCUGAGCUGCAGCUGUUACGAAAGAGGAAGGAUGAGUUGGAAGGGAGGAUGUCGUCUCUGCAAGAGAGUAGGCGAGAAUUGAUGGUGCAGUUAGAGGGCUUAAUGAAGCUCCUCAAGAAUCAUGGUUCGCCACGAUCUACACCCAAUAGUAGCCCACGGUCGAGGGCAGCACAUUCCCCACCCACAGCUAUCACCCCCUCCAGGAGCAGUCUCCCCAGUAGCCCCCCUGGCGACUCUCUGAUGGGGGUGGGAGGUGAUGUCACACAAGCAUUCAACCAACAGAGCACCAGUAAUGCCCGUAAUCUCAGGAAUGACCUACUAGUAGCUGCAGACUCUGUCACUAAUGCCAUGUCCAGCCUUGUCAAAGAAUUAAAAUCAGAGGAGGAAAACAGUAGUGGAGGAGAGGAGGACCAGGAUGCUGUAGUAGAAGAGGAUGAGAUAGAGGCCAGGCUAAGUAAUGUUACGGAAGAGUCCAGUAUGGUGAAAGACUGGCAGGCAGAAGUAGAGAGACGCCUGGGACAAGGAAAACAGUUCAAUAAUAAUUCACAAAAUAAAAAUAGCCGAACCAAUGGUAACAACACUGACCAAGAACAUUAUAUAACAACAGAUGGAGAUGCAGAUUCAUAUGCUAGGACUGAUGAUGAACUGCUAGCUACAGAUAUGGAAUCUUCUUAUAUAAAAACAGAUGAUGAGACUAAUAUCCAGUCUGAGGAAAUAGACCAAGAAAUAUUCAAACAUGAUGCAAAAGUUAGGGAGAUUUAUUUACAACAACGUUUUACAACAGAUGAUGAAGGCUAUUUAGUAUCCGAUGCAGAGUCAUAUAUCAGGACUGAUGAUGAGGAGGGGGGUAACACGGACUGGGAAGAUGGUUUGAAACGUUGGGUCAAUAGAUAGCAUAUUAUGGGAUGGAGAAAUUAUGGGAUAUAUUAUACAGUGUAUAACUUGAGGCACAAAUAAUGAGAUGUAGAUAUAUUGUUUAGAUAAAGAUGCAUGUAGGGUUGUGAAAUGAAACAACAAUCAAUGGUAAAUAGUGCCUCCAUUAUUGCAAUGCAAUACCUAUAUAUUGCAAUGCAAUACCUGAAAGCUUAAAUAAUUCAAUUUGUAUACAUUGCAAUGCAAAAUAUUCAUAGAUAGCAUUGUACUUAAAGCUCAUAUAUGGCAGCAGGAGAUUGGAUUGAGUUACUUAAUUGAUUAACCAAAGUUAUAUUGAUACAAUAUUGCUGUUGAUUUUGGAAGAUCAAUGUAUAAAGAUUUUAGUUGUGAAUUGCUAAUUUAUUAUAAUAUGGUACAGGCAAUUGUUGUCCAGAAUGUAUUUUCAUCUGGAUAUUUUUUGAUAGCUUAACUGGUUAUUGGUGAAACUUAGUCAGUCUCACAUAUUUUGUUUUCAUAUCAGCGCCAGAAUGUUGUUAUAGUCUCAAUAUUUUGUGGAUGGUGCUUGGCAGU